CAUAAAAUAUUCAAUAAAAAAUUUCUGCCUCAUUUAUUUUCUCAGAUAUUUUUUUACCUACAUAGCCACUAAAUCCAUGUGCGUUGAACACCCUCUUCCCCAAAUAAAACCAAAAAAAAAGUGAAAUUCAAAUCAAUCAAAAAAAAAAAAAACAAAACAAAACCAAAAACAGAGAAAAAUAGUAAGACCAAACAACCCAGAACUACAAAAACAAAACGAAACAAAACAAAAACAAAAACCAAAUUAAACAAAAACACCAACCAACAAAGCAAAGAAAUAAAAAUACCAGGUCGGUUCUGUCUUGAAUUACAAUGAGCUUUCUUUUCUUCCUUCUUUUUUUCCUUUUUUCCUUCUUUCCUUCUUUCUUCUUUCUUUCUUUCUUUCUUUCUUUCUUUCUUUCUUUCUUUCUUUGUUUCUUUCUUUGCAUUUUUAUUAGUUUUCUUUUUUAUUUACAUUUCAAAUGUUAUGCCCUUUCCUGCUUUCCCAUCCAUAAAUUCCCUGUCUCAUGCCCUGGCCCCUGCAUCUAUGAGGGUGUUCCCCCAUCCACACACCCAUCUCCUUCCUGCCUCCCUGCCCUGACAUUCCCCUACACUGGGGCAUCAAGCCUUGCCAAGAACAAGGGUUCCUCCUUCCACUGAUACCCAACAAGGCCUCCCUCUGCUACAUAUGCAGCUAGAGCCAUGGGUCUGCCCAUGUGGUAGAAGCAGUGGACAGACAGGAUGUGUUAAGGGGUUUGGGCAGGGGAACCAGGGAAGGGAAAUAACAUUUAAAAUGUAAAUAAAUAAAAUAACCAGUAAAAAAUAAAGUUAAAAAAACUUGAAGAGUGUAAAGGAACACUUUACAAUUGGAAACGUGAGUGCUUUAAAGGCUUUCUUAGUACAUACUUAGCUGCAAUUAGCAUAAUUCAAAAAUUAUGAGUAACUUUUAAAAAUACAUAAAAGAAAAUUUCCAACCACCUACUUCAACAGGAGGUGCAGAAGAGCUUCAGUCUCUCUUUAUUCUAGCAGUGUUUCUACUAGGAUACUGGUUUUGCUCUCCCUACAGAAGUUUACAUCUCAGUCUUCAAAUAUCAAUGGAUAAUUGUUCUGCAGCAUUUGGCACAUUAUGUUGCUUCUUUCCUUUUCUCUCAGAGUCAGCUUUCAUUAAGCAAUUUCCUGUUUUCGGUUUGGUCAAGAGGAGGGGCAGAAAAUCAUGAGGUUGAGUGUCACUCUGAGUAAAUUUAUUUCUGCCUUUCCUCUUGGAGCCUUUUAUGGGGUACAGACCAGGAAAGUCAACUUGUACACCACAAUUGGGGGAUCAAUUUCUUCAACCAGAAUCAUUUCAGAGCAACAAUACAGAAAUCACUCAAGGGCAUAUUUUAACAGAGAACAUCUUCUAUAUGCUCCCAAGAUGAGUGAGCAGGAGGUCACUUAUUCAAGUGUGAGAUUUUCUAAGUCUUCAGGGUUGCAGAACCAAGUGAAGCCUGAGGAGACUAAAGGGCCCAAAGAAGCUGGCCACAGAGAGUGUUAUGUCCCCUGGCACCUGAUUGUGAUAGCUUUGGGAAUCCUCUGUACACUUCUUCUGUUAACUGUUGCAGUGUUGGUGACAAUCAUUUUUCAGUAUAGUCAAGAAAAACAUGAACUGCAGGAAACUCUAAACCACCACCAUAAUUGCAGCGCCAUGCAACGUGACAUUGACUUAAAGGAAGAAAUGCUGAGAAAAAUAUCUAUAGACUGUAGUCCAGGCAAUGAUCUUCUGGAAUCGUUCAACAGAUCAAAGAACAGAUGGUACAGCAAAACCAAGGCUGUCGUAAAUUCCUCACAGCACAAAGGCAGUGAAAUUGAAACAUACUGGUUCUGCUAUGGUAUAAAAUGUUAUUAUGUCAUCAAGGAUGGAAAAUCAUGGGAUGAAUGUAAACAGACCUGCCAGAAUUCCAGUUUAUUCCUCCUGAAGAUAGAUGAUGAGGACGAACGGAAGUUCCUUCAGCAACAGCUUAUUCCAGACAAUUACUGGAUUGGAUUUUCAUAUGAUAAAGAAAAAAAGGAAUGGGCAUGGAUUGAAAAUGGACCAUCUAAACUUGCCUCAAACACAAUGAAAUUCAAUAAAAAGCUUGGAGGAUGUGUAUUCUUAUCUAAAACAAGACUAGACCAUACAGACUGUAUAAAUUUAUACAGCUGUAUUUGUGGGAAGAAAUUGAAUAAAUUCCCUGAUUUACUCUCCAAUUAGUGUUAAAGUGAAAACAAAGAGACAAUCUGGAAGAUUGGUGAAUGUUCUGGAAUCUGGAAUCUGACUUGACAGAGCAGAGGACAUCUACCUUCCUGGUGGAUACAAGAUAGAUCUUUGGACAGGCUUUCCCCCAAAGCCUGGAUGAAUGUUUUAUUUGUUUUCAAAAUUUCCAUAGAACUAAAUGAAUAACCCUAAUAAACAGCCUGAGUAUUUUAUUAUGAGUAGAAUAACUCAUCUUAAUUAAAAGCAUAAUUAAGAACUAG